AUGGACAAAGUUGAGGAAGGACCCCACGACCUCUUGGAGCCUCGUGUUGAGUUCGCCAACGGGCUGCCUGUGCCAAAGGAGCUCAUGAUACACAUCCUCUGUUUCCUCAUCCCUUCAGGCCUUGCGCCCAAGGCUUGUCGAGCUGCGGGCGAAGAUGAGCAGCAACACGAAGAUCUUAGGGCUUCUACCACUACCGAGCGGAAGCCGCUCCCACGACUCGAAGACGGAGUGCGAUGGGUGUUUAUGGGUGCGGGGCUGGUGUGCCGCGCAUGGCACGACCACCUCACAGGCCACCCCGGGGGGCGACCACUCUGCAUCGAGCUGUGGCGACAGCUGGCCUUGGCCUGCGGCUUCUGGCCACCAGGAGACGCUCCCCUCCCACCAUCUAUCGAUCGAGACCAAGAGGAUUGGCGUCAGUUCUUCAUCCGUGAGUGCCAGCAGAACUGGACGUGGAGUGCGACAAGGCAGGUGGGCAAGCUCGGGCCAGAGCUGGGCGAGGCCCAGUUUCUGCUGACGGACCACGGCAAGAACGCCACGCUGUCCGUUCACACGGCGCUCGGCUGGGAGAACGCACGGGCGUGCGCGGCCAUCAUGACAGAGCGGGAGAUCACCGACAAGCGCAACCGGAUACGGAUCCAGGUCAAGCGGGCGAGCGGCUUCUUCACGCUGGGCGUGUCCACCGGCCGCUCGCCGCCACAGCUGGACUACCGCCGCAGCUUUGUCGCCUUCGUCGCGUGGGACAACGAGAUGGUCAGCUACGACAUCACCGGCCAGCUCAUCAACCCCUAUCAUGGAUCAAAGUGUUUCCCGGGGUUCGAGAGCGGCGACGAGAUAGGGGCGCACGUCGAAGGGGACACGCUGCAUUACUUUCGCAACGGGGAGGAGGUCGGGAAGACAGACAUCGGGGCGCUGCCACAGCCGUGGCACUUCUACUGCGCGGUCAACUGCCAGGGCUCAUCGGCGCGCAUCCUUCGGGCCAGCGAACGGUCCGGGCAGAGCAGUGCUGCCAGUGUCGACCUGAGCGCGACCGUCACAUAG